AUGUCAGAUUUAAUAUCAUCCAUAGAAGAAACUAUUGUUUAUGGUGAUAUUGUUACAACAACUACAAAAACUAAAACAAUGAAUCGUGAUCAUUCAGUAACAACAACUACAACAGUUGAUAAAACUGAUCAUGCUGAUGAAGAUAAUCAUACAACAACAAUAAGUCAAAUAAUAACACCGCCAGAUUUAAAUCAAAAAAUAAUUCGACAAAUCGAAUAUUAUUUUAGUGAUAUUAAUAUGGUUCGAGAUAAAUUUCUUAAAAAUGAAAUAACUAAAGAUGAUGGUUGGAUAUCAUUAUCUAUAUUAACAACAUUUAAACGUUUACAAUCAUUAACAACAAAUUUUAAAAUUAUAAUAAAUGCACUUAAACAAUCCUUAUCAGGUCUUUUACAAUUACAUGAAACAGAAUAUAAAAUUCGUCGUCAUCCAGAUCGUCCAUUACCAAAUAAUCAAACUGAUCUUGAAUUAACAUUACGAAAUCGUACUGUUCAUGUAAAAGGUUUUCCAAUAACAGAAGAUGUUACAUUAGAUAAAUUACUUGAAUUUUUUGAAAAUUAUGGUGCAACAGAUAAUAUACAAAUGAAAAAAGAAUUUAAAACAAAACAAUUUAAUGGUUCUGUUUGUGUUAUUUUUCCAAAUGAUGAAAAAGCACAAGAAUUUGUUCAAUAUUCAAAACAAACACCAAUUAAAUAUAAUAAUGAAUUAAUAUUAGAAUGUUCUUUACAAAUUGAUUAUUUUAAAGAUAAAUCUAUUGAAUUAAUAACUAAUGAAAAACAAAUUAAAAAAGAUAAAAAACAACAAGAUUUAAAUAAAAAAACUAAUGAACAUUUAGAAAAAUUAAAUAAUGAAAAUUUACUUGGUGCUCUUAUUCAUCUUGCUGGAAUACCUACUGAUACAACACGUGAAUUAAUUAAAGCAAAAUUUAAUCCAUUUACUAAAAUGCCAUGGAUUGAUUUUAACAAAGGUGAUAUUGAGGCAUGGGUACGAUUAAAUGAAGCGAAUACAGCAAAGUAUGUUCUUGAAAAAGUCUUAGAAGUUGAAAAUGGAAAAUUAAUAAUUGAAAAUAAUGAAAUAAUAUGUCGUAUUGUUGAAGGGGAAGAAGAAGAACAAUUUUGGAAACAAGCAAAUGAAAAACGAGCAGCACAACGAACACAAAAAAAUGAAAGAUAUAAUAAUGGAAAACGAAAUGGACGUAGCCAACGAAUACAUCGUAGUGGAAAAAAACGAAAACUUGAACAAGAUCAAGAACUAUCAACUGAACCGAAAUCACCAAAAAAAAUUGAAAAUAUUUCUACAGAUUAA